AUGGCAUCAGUGGGGCUACAAAUAACUGCAUUUCUUAUAGCAUUGAUGGCAGUGUGUGUGGCCAUUUCCGCAACUUUACUACCCAACUGGAAGGUCAAUAAAGAGACUGGGGGAAACAUUGUGACUGCUGUCAUUCAAAUGCAAGGUCUGUGGAUGGACUGCACAUGGUAUAGUACUGGUAUGUUUAGUUGUACUGUGAAGUAUUCCAUUCUUUCACUCCCUUUGUAUAUUCAGAUGGCAAGGACCACAAUGGUACUGUCCUGUAUAUUGUCAUUUUUCGGGAUAUGUGUCUCCAUAGCAGGAAUGAAAUGUACAAAGCUAGGAGGUGACCGACAAGAUAAAAGCAAUAUAGCUUUUGCAGCAGGAACAUGCUUUUUGCUAGCUGGUGUUUUUGCCAUGGUUUCAGUGAGCUGGUACAUGAAAGAGAUUAUUUCCAGUUUCUUGGAUCCCUCCAUCCCAGAAAGUAGCAAACAUGAGCCGGGUGGAGCAGUGUAUAUAGGCUUUCUCUCUGCAGGGAUGCAUUUUCUAGCAGGUGCGGUCUUCUGUGCAUCCUGCACUAAGAAGCCGCAGGAAGAACGGGUGACUCCUCCGACAAAAAGAGCAGAGGCAGCGGCUCAGCCAUCAGAAAACAGCGGUGCAGGUUACAACCUCCAGGACUACGUGUAA